CACAUGAAUUCUGAUGGUACUUCCAUGCCAUAUUAUGAGGAUCGUACUGAUGAAGCUUUAUAUUCCAUGGAUGGGUAAAAUUAUCAGAUGUGUCAUCAUAUUGAUAAAAUAAUUCUAGUCAACUGUCGGAAUUGAUUGUGUUCCAAUCAGUUUCGGUCUACAGGUAUCAAUCUCACAUGUGAAACAACCUUCUUCAACUGGAGCUGGUAGGAAUCUGACAUCCAAGACUAUUCCAUCAUGUAGGAUAUACAAUGUCCUUAAAACUGCAACCUGAAAGUGACCUUCGACCAUAAUUUUGUCAGAACAGUUUGUUGCAUUUGGUUACAUUGAUGUACGAACAUCCGAAAGCAUCCAAGUCUGAGGAAGAUAAAUUCCUUCUGUCUGUUCUUCGUCGACAGAAAACUUGGCGGUCAGAAGAUGAAAGAUGAGGUCUGCUUGAAGUAGAUACAGUGGCAGGGUUUGACCACAGAAGAAGGUGGUAGCUAAUGGACUAAAUAUAAAUUCAUCAGAAGUUGAUCGGAGAUAACAGAGAACAACGAACAUGUAAGAGAGGGCAAGGAUGCUCAAGUUUCUAACUCUACGUUAUGUUGGUCAAGCUACAUAAAUGUUAAAACCUUGUUUGACACACUUGGGACUGGAAAUGUAAGCGAACUAAAUAUGACCGUAACAGAACUAAAUAUGACUAAAAACACACUCCACAUACUUAAGUCAGGAGAAGAUUCUCAAUGAUUUGCAACUUCUAAUAUUCAAAUAUUCGGCUUGUCAGUUUUCAACAUCUUUGCUUGGUAACAAAUCCAUGCUUGGCUUUCUAUCAAAACAAUGAGUCAUCUUGAUUAUUAUCUAUAUCAGUGUAUAAAGUCAAGGCUUUGGUUCAUAUUUUAUGACACAAAUCUACUUGAUACUGGCAGCCACGAAAAAUAUUCUAAUGGGAUCCCUACUGACAGACCCACGUGCAGAAGCGCAGAUGCAGAGGCCGAUCGGAUCAUAAAUUACCUGAGCAGUUAUUGAUCUAUAUUUUGAUUGCUUCACCUGCAUCAAAUGGAAAAAAAGAUAGAUUUCGAAAGCAGAGUAAAAGUUUGUACUUACAUCUACUCCACGUUUUAGAUGUGCAAAGUAUUCUUACAAUUCUAGUUCAGUGACGGCAAGU